GACAUGCCUCUGCAGUGUCGCUAGCUUUUUCUUUCUCACGAUGUCAGUGCUUUCCUGAUUUGAUCCGCUCAUGACACGUGGCGUUCGCUGCAGCAUCAACGGCCCCAAGUGAGUGAGACCCACAAUCUUUUUUGGGGGAAAAAAGUCUUCAAGUUAGUCCUUCUCUUCCAGAGUCCAGACCAUUUUGACUAUUCCAAAUCACAGCGAAGGAAACUGCUUCUUCCCCACUCCGUUCUCUUCUGCCUACUAUAAAUCUCCGCGGCUCUCUUCUCUUCAAUCCAAACAAACAAUCAAAAUCAGUACUCUGGUCUGAUCUCUCCCUCUCCACCAUUUUCGCUCUCAAUCAGUUUUUUCCAACAAAAGAAAUGCACAAAGUGCCUUCAGCUUCAUCGCUGGGGCCGGGCGGCCUGGACCUAACCCAGUCCUUCUUCACGCCGAUCCAGAACACUGCCCCACCGUCCUCCACAAAGGGGCACACCAAAAUCUCUGUCAUCGGCGUCGGCAACGUCGGGAUGGCCAUCGCACAGACCAUCCUCACCCAGGACCUAGCCGACGAGCUCGCCCUCGUCGACGCCGUCAAAGACAAGCUCCGCGGCGAGAUGCUCGACCUACAGCACGCCGCCGCUUUCCUCCCGCGCACCAAGAUCCUCUCCUCGAUCGAUUACUCCGUCACCGCCAGAUCCGACCUCUGCAUCGUCACCGCCGGCGCCCGCCAGAACCCCGGGGAGUCCAGGCUCAAUCUCCUCCAACGAAACGUCGGCCUCUUCAAAAAAAUCAUCCCUCCCCUGGCGCAGCUUUCUCCCGACGCCAUUCUCCUGAUCGUUUCCAAUCCGGUCGACGUCCUCACUUAUGUAGCGUGGAAGCUGUCCGGGUUCCCCUCGAACCGGGUCAUUGGGUCGGGUACUAACCUGGAUAGUUCCCGGUUCAGGUUCUUGAUCGCUGACCACAUCGAUGUCAAUGCGCAGGACGUCCAGGCGUACAUUGUGGGGGAGCACGGCGACAGCUCGGUGGCGCUGUGGUCGAGCAUAAGCGUGGGCGGGGUACCGGUGGUGAGCUACCUGGAGAAGCAGCAGAUCCCGUGCGAGAAGGAGACGCUGGAGCGGAUCCACAAGGAGGUGGUGGGAUCCGCGUACGAGGUGAUCAGAUUGAAGGGCUACACGUCGUGGGCGAUCGGCUACUCGGCGGCGAAUCUGGCGUUUUCGAUCCUCAGGAACCAGAGGAAGAUCCACCCGGUCACUGUACUGGCCAACGGGUUCUACGGGAUUGGACCGGGGGCAGGCGGAGGAGAGGUGUUCUUGAGCUUGCCGGCUCUGCUGGGGAGAGGCGGCGCGUUGGCCGUGACCAAUGUGCACAUGACGGAGGAGGAGGCGCAGCGGCUCAGGGACUCCGCCAAGACUCUGCUCGAGUUGCAGAGGCAGUUGGAGAUUUAAAGUUAAGUGUACUAGUCAUUUUGGAAGAUGCAUGUGUUAUGUGUAUGUACAUGUAAGGUAAGGAGCUGUUGUGUAGUUUCAAGUACUUUUGUGUCCCACGUCAAUAUGAGUUGUUUUUGGUAUCUACCUAGUUGAGAAUGAGUAUUCAUUGAUGACCUGGUCAAUGUUUUAGGUUGUAUCAUUAAUGCGAUUAAUCGAUAAGGUAAAGCGACAAAUUUUCAUACCGACAGAUGAUGGGGAAAGAUCUAUGAACAGUUGAUAAGUAGCUGGCAUUCAAAUUCAUGAAUGUGGGUAGUGAUCCACUCACUACGAGGAAUCUCCGUAAUAACUGGGUACGGGUAAAUGUUUUAGGCUGUAUCAUUAAUGUGAUGAAUCGAUAAGGUA